CAUUGCUUUCCAAAAAUUAUUUCGAUUUUCGUAGAGAGAAACGUCAGGCACCAUACAAAAUGGGCUUGAAUUACGCGACCAAAAGCUAGUUAUAGCUGAAAUAUUGCUCUAAUUGUAGUGUUAUUGUUAAUAUAGUUACUUUUUAUAUAUACUUUGUGUAACUCAUAAGUUAGUCAAUAAUGCUUACGUUUAGCAGAAACCUCGGUUAUGGCGUUUGUUGAUCAUAUUUUGUUACAUUUAUAAUUUUCAUUCUAUAUGUCCGCUUUUCUUUAGUGAUCGUCUGUUUAGUUUUGAGUUUACGUGUUUGAUCGAAAUGGUGAAAGAAAAGCCUAAUUCAAUACGGAUUUACGACGACGAAGGGUUUAGACGACGCGCAGCCUGCAUCUGUGUUCGGUCGGAUGCCGAAACCGAGGUGUUGCUAGUGACAUCGUCUCGGCGGCCGGAUAACUGGAUAGUACCCGGAGGCGGCGUGGAGCCCGAGGAGGAGCCUUCGGUGACAGCGGUACGUGAAGUACUGGAGGAGGCUGGCGUCAUCGGCAAACUGGGCCGCUGUCUGGGCGUAUUCGAGAACCGCGAGCAUAAGCACAGGACCGAGGUGUAUGUGAUGAUGGUGACACAGGAGCUGCCCGAGUGGGAAGAUUCGCGCCUGAUGGGUCGCAAGCGGCAGUGGUUCUCCAUCGAUGACGCGCUGGCCCAGCUUGCGUUGCACAAGCCCAUCCAACGGCACUACCUGCAGCAGCUCAAGCGCUCGCGACAGAACAAGCCUGACGACCCAGGCAGCUAGAGCCAGGAACACUGCGCUAACACUCAACUCUUACUUUCUACAUCCCGGUGGUGAUAAUCAACUUCCAUUUGCCAUUUGGAAAUGCUUUCUAAUAUUGAUAAUACCAUAAUUCUGAAUAUAUGUAGACAAAUGGAAAUUGUAAAAUAUCCACUUAUUAACCGAAGUUGUACUAUGUGAGCAUUUGUCAGUGUUUAAAUUUAAAAAAAAUAUAUGUAAUCUUAUAUUUUAAUCUUUGAACUUGAGAUACAUGGGAAUUCCAGAUGGCAAAUGCGACUUGUUAUGAUAUCGGAAAGCAGCACUGCUUGACAUGUGCAGUGCCGUCUUAAUGUAACUCAUCUGACAGUGUCGGAUGAUAUACUUUCACUACUAUUGUACUACUGCAUGCCUGAACCUGAGCCUUGACUCUGCUUAAUAUAUUAUGUCACUCAGCACAGAUUAAGAGAUCAGUCCAGAAUUGUUAUGACAAAUUUUAAUUUAUUCUAUAGAUAUUUCCUUUUUGCCAACUUGGACUCUGGAAUAAGAUAUUUAUGAAUGUAUUAAAAGUGCAAUGAUUAAUUUCAUUUAAGUGUAUCCUAAUACAGUUGUAACAAUAAUUGAAAAUCACUAAACAACAUAUAAGCAGAUAAUGAGCUCUUUUUCUGUAUUAAAUAACUUAACUAAAUUAAGAGGCUUAAGGCUUAGUCUUGGUAUCAUUUUAUUCCUAAAAUUAAAACAAUAUCUUGAUGUAAUUGGAUAUUUUAUCAUGACAAUGUUAUAUUGCCACAUGUAAAUUAUCAUAAGCAAUAAUACAGUAAAACCCGCUUAAGACAAUUUCAUAGAGACCCAACCAACAUCGGGAAAUAAAAAUAAUAAUAUUAUGUUCUAAUAUCAUAUAUGUAUGUAUUAAAGGAUACAUUUAUAAAUUAAAUUAAAUACUUUUUUUUUAUUUUGUUUUGACAGAAAGAUUUUUAAUUUUCAACAUAAUUCGCAACACAUCUUUGCUUUGAUUUAAAGAAGUUGUAAGAUGUCUUAAAUCACAAACAGCUGAUAAUGCCUCAGCGAUUGACACAAUCGGAGUUGAACUUUAGCACUUUUUUGUGUGUUAUUCACAUUCUCAAUAAGAUCUUCAAUCAUUUAAUUUCAUUGUCAUCAAUGGAAGAAUAUCCAGGAAAACCAUGCAGUAUCAAGGGUUCUUCUGUUGUUGAAGUAUUAGGCAUAUAAACGCAUGACGUAUCGUAUUAAACGUUAAGAAAUGUAUGAAAUCAUUUUUUAAGUGGCUGGCGUGUUAAGCGAGUUCUAAAGUAUAUAAGUUUACUAAACUGAUUUUGUACAUAUGUGAUGUGUUGUCAUAUUUUAUGAUAUUCAUUGCUAUUGUUUUUACAAGAUAUUUCUGAUUGUCCACAUUUAAAAAUAGGAAAUUCCAUUGAGUUGGACACCGAUCAUAAAACCACCCCUCACAGCUUAAUGAGAUAUCCGAGCAAUAUGUUCCCUCUACUCUUGGGUCCAUGAUCAUUACAAGUUAUAUGAAAUGUUAGAAUUAUUAUUGAAUGGCAUGAUUUUAACUCUGUAUCCUUAAUGGUGGUUCCACACAGCAAAUCAUACAAAAAAUUAUUUAAAAUGUUAAAAGCUAUAGUACCAUCAUUUCAGAUAAGUUUGGUUCUAUAUUUUGAAAAUGUUAUUUAGACAAACUCUGCUAUCAAUCUUAUUAUAAUAUUGACUCAUUUACAUCUGUCCUGUGUGGAAUCACCAAUACACAUGUUCGAUUGUUUUAUAAAUGGCAUGUUGAUGUUUGAUAUUGGGAGGAUUAUCUGAUCAUCUGUCAACUGUACAGCAUAUAGAAAUGUAAAGUGAUGUGCGGAUAUAUAAAUAUAUAUUUUAUAUAGAUAUUUGUACCUAUCAAAAUGCGAAAAAGUUAUAUGGUUUAUGAUAGGGCCGGAGAUGCGUAUAUUUUACUAGAUUUCAAGAUUCGUAUGUUUCACUCGCUAAAAGUUAUGCUUAUACGGUGGUCAGAUUAUUGGCUUCAGAAUUUUAAGCGAAUUAUCGUGCAGUAAUUCAAGAUGGCCACAACACAAUUUCCUUAAUCUUUUACAAACGACGCCAUCAUCGGGUCGCCAUCUCAGAAUUAUUGGGUUUUUCAAGAAUCCUGCGUAGGGCGUAUCAAUUACCAUCAGCUGAACCGCCUGCUCGUCUCGUCCCCUAUUUUCAUAAAAAAAGAGACGCAGAUCCGGCCCUAGCAUUACAAUAACUUUUAACAAAUGAACGAGAUAAAGACAGCUGAUUGCUCACAUGAGAAAAGUAUUAGGGAGUGAUAUAAUAGUCAGAAUGAGAAUAAGGUCUUGUUAAAGCAUUGAAUGGUAAACAUAUAUGAUAUUAAUUUUAACCAACUAGUUAUAACUGAAAAGAUAUCUAAUGAUUAAAUUUAUUUAUUCAAAUUGGCAAAGUUAAUAAGUAGGGGUAGCUAAGGCGGUACUGCACCUUAACGAACUAUGGGUAUGUUCCGAUAUGCACUGCGAGCACUGCACAAUCAAUAUCACUGUAGAAAAAUUCGUUCCGUUGUAUACUACCGUAGUACCGUAGGGAAAUAUAUGACGUCAUAAAUCGCCGCCAUAUUCUACUGUGAGCACUGGCGUUUUCGAGGUAAGGUACUCGCAGUACUUUGAUCACGUGAUCAGUCAAAUCACUCGAGUGCCUAAAGCCUUAAUUAAAAUAUUUUUAAUUUAACAGUACUCCAACAACAGUUUUUUUUAAAUGAAAUAGAAAACUAAUACACUCAUUUGAAUUCUGCGUCAAAAAAUCCGGCUGACAGUAUACGGGAUUGCGUUCCGUUUUAAAUAGUAAUAACCAUUAUAACUGGCUAUAAAGGAACGGCUUCACAGUAUACUAAAUUGACGUCACAUUGUACAGUGGUCGCAGUGCAUAUCGGAACAUACCCUGUGUAAAUAUAGUUACUGAGAUAUCUCGUCAGACGGCAACACAACAUGGGCCUUGUCCCACUCCGAUCAACGCGUAAGUAAUUCGUAAAUAACACCAUUCUUUUUCUACUAUUACGUAUAUUUUUAUACAGCAAUGAAAUGUUAAUUUAAUUUUUAGCAUUAAAACUAAAAGACAUGCAUACCUACAAUCUCUGUUGUUAUUUAAUUGAAUUUGGUUUUAAAUGACGAUUCCUACUGAGUUUAAAUAAUACAUUUUAUAUUGCUCUUC